AUGUCCAGAGCUCACCCCAAGCAGCCCGUCACUGGAAGAAAUAUUCCCAUAUUGGCUAUCACGAUGCCCGCACUCAAGUUGCUUUGCUUACAUGGCGCUGGCAUGAAUUCUGAGAUUAUGAAAUCUCAUCUGUCAUCCUUGGCCAAAACCCUGGAAUACCGCAACAUCGCCCAAUUCGCAUACGCAGAGGGAUCCGUCGAGACAGAGCCCGGCCCUGGAAUUACCCCAGGCUUAUACGAGGGCCCAUAUUACUCCUUUCACAUCUGGCCUCCAAAAGCGGGAAACCUACAAGACGAAGAAUCCAUCCAAAAUGCAUAUGAAGAGCUCCUCGAGAUAAUCGACGACGAGGGUCCAUUUGACGGACUAUUGGGUUUUUCUCACGGCGGUUCAUUCCUUGCUGAAUUAUUAGCCAGAUACGCUCGUGAUAAUCCUGCAACAGAUGUUGAACGGCUAGCUCGCUGUGCGGUCUUUAUUAAUUCGUUCCCACCUUUUCGUAACGAUCCGGACCAGAACCCGAUUAUUGAUUAUGAGCUGUUGAAGCACUUCCCAAAAAUCCCGACUUUGCAUGUCGUCGGUACGUCGGAUUUUGUGCAUGAGUAUUCGACUAUCUUGUAUGAAAAGUUGCACCAAAAGGCGCCAACAUCGACGGGAUUGGUCACUCAUUCUAAAGGUCAUGAGAUUCCGAGAGAUCCAAAGGUUCUGGAUAAGGUUGUCGCUGGCUUUGAGAAGUUGAAUUUUGCUGUUUCUUUCAGCCAUUGAUCGUAGAAAACGUCGCAUUUAUAAAUCAGGCGGUAAUAAAUUCGUUUUGAUAAUCUAUCAAUGGCGUGGAUAUCUGUUAAAGUUUGUAUUGUAUUUGAGUCUAUAUCUAGUGUAUGCCAGCACAUUACCAUU